AUGAGCGGCGGAGGAAAUAACGUCGUGAAUAAAGUAUUCUACGCGACGUCGUAUCAUCCGAUUCAAGCCGGAAGUAUCGACGGAACUGACAUUGCGCCACACGAUAACGGUGUCCGUCGAGCUCUCCUCUGUUAUAACGCCGGUUUAUAUGAUCCUUCUGGUGAUUCGAAAGCCGCCGGAGAUCCUUACUGUACCCUUUUCGUGGGUCGUCUCUCUAAUCUUACUACGGAGGAUACUCUUCGAAAGGCUAUGAGCAAGUAUGGUAGGAUUAAGAGCUUGCGCUUGGUCAGGCACAUUGUGACUGGUGCUUCAAGAGGAUACGCUUUUGUGGAGUAUGAGACUGAAAAAGAGAUGCGUCGUGCUUAUGAGGAUGCUAAUCAUUCAUUUAUCGAUGAUCGAGAGAUUAUUGUUGAUUAUAAUAGGCAGCAACUGAUGCCUGGAUGGAUACCAAGAAGAUUAGGAGGUGGACUUGGUGGUAGGAAAGAAUCCGGACAACUUCGCUUUGGUGGACGAGAGAGACCAUUCCGCGCUCCGUUGCGACCAAUCCCUCAUGAAGAUUUGAAAAAGCUCGGCAUUCAGCUUCCACCUGAGGGAAGAUAUAUGUCACGCACACAGAUCCCGUCACCUCCUCGGAGAAAAGGAAGUGUGUCGGAUAGAGAGGACGGAUAUUAUAGGGAAAGGAGUUCUGUAGAAAGGGAAGAAGAGCAUAGAAAGUCUCAUCACAGUCAUAGGAGGAGCUCACACACACAAAGUUCCCAUAGAAGCCGAACGAAAGACAGAGAGGAAGGUUCCAAGACAGAGUCUCAGUCUGAUAGAAGAGAGAGAUCACGAGGCAGAGGAGAUCGACAUGGUGACAGUAAGGAAGAAGGUUAUGGCAGCAGCAGAAGAUCACACGACACAGAAGAAGAACGUUCUCUCAAACGUCAUAAAAGAAAAUGA